GGUUGAUGAUUGUAUAUAGGAAAACUAUUUGUUUAUUUAUAUUAAUUUUAUAUCCUGCCAAUUUAACAGAAUUCUACUGUUUAUGGUAUUUUUCCCAUUGAUUCUAUGGGUUUUCUGCUUAUACAAGCCUUGAUAACUAGAGAUAGUUUUUUAUAUCUUUAUUUCUAAUUCUUAUGCCUCUAACUGCAUCUUUUACUUAAUCAAAUUAGCUAAUACUUUUGAUCAGUGGUUAACUAGUUGCAGCAAUAGUGUGUACCUUAUCUUAUUCCAGACUUUAGUGGGAAUACCUCUAGUGUCUUCCCAUCAAAACAGAUGUUGGCUUUGGAUGCCCAGGUGGCUCACUUUGUUGAGUCGGCUCUUGAUUUCGCCUCAGGUCAUGAUUCUGGGGUCAUAGGAUUGAGCCCAGCAUUGGGCUCCAUGCUGAGGAUGAAGCCAGUUUAGGAUUCUCUCUCCCUCUCCCUCUGCCCCUCUCCCCUGUUUGCACUCUCUCUCUCUAAAAUGAAAAAUUAAAAAUAAAAAAGAAGAAGAAGCUUUCUGUGUGGAUUUCACUGUCGAUCAAUUCAUUCGUUCAAAAAAAAAAAAGAUUUUGGCUUUGGGGCUGGUUGUGUGUGUGUGUGUGUGUGUGUGUAAUUAUGUUAAGAAAGAAUUUAUCGAUUUUUAUUUUGCUGAAUGUUUUUUUAAAAUAAUUCAUGGGAUUGAAUUUUCUUUUCAGCAUCAAAGGAAAUGACCAUUUGCUUUUUCUAUGUGGAUAUAGUAUUUAAUAUUAAUGAAUUUUUUUUGGUAUUGAAUCACCCUGCAAUCAUGGUAUAGACUCCCUGGUCAUUGUGUAUUUUGCUUAAUAUGCUUUUGGCAUCUGUGUGGCAACUUUUAUUUAGAAUUUUUCCUUCAAUAUUCAUAAGAGAUUAGGAUCUGAUUUUCUUUUAUUGUGUGCAAUCUUAAUCAUUUUUAUAUCAGUUUGAAAUUCACUUCAUAGAACUAAUUUGGAAGUUUUCUUUUGUGUUGUAUGUCUGUAUAUUUUCAGUAACAUUGAAAUGAUCUUCUCUCUAAAGGCUUGUUAUAGUUCCCCUGUGAAAUCAUCUAGGCCUGGCAUUCUUUUCAGUGGGGGAGGGAGAGCUCUUGAUGGUUAGGAGGUUCCUUGAAAGAUGUUUCCCUGUACUUCUAUCCCUCAUCCUAUGUGUUUGCAAUACUGAGGGCUCCAGGUGGCAGGAAGUAGGAAAUAAGGCUGCAGGGGUAGAGGAUACCUUUCUAAAGGCAGAUGAGGUCUGGGGUGGAUUGAAAGUAUAAUCACCUUUAGGGUGGAGAAGGGACAAGAGGGGAGUAAUGUCGGAGGGGAGGUGUGGGUGCGCCAGGAAGAGAAGCCAGAGAGGCCCAGGCUGAGGAGAGAUCAGCUGCUUCUUCCCAAAGAUUUUUCUUCUGACUCUGCAUUCCAACCUCUCCUGGGGGGUCUCUGUCCUAUUUUCACAGCUGAGAAGGCAAAGGAAGUUUCCCGUAGUCCACAGCCUCUGUCAGGGAGGUUCUCAGAGUCACCUUACCUGAGGGAGCUUAGACUAACAACAGUCAGCAAUCCCCUCCCCAAAUUCUCCCCAUUUGCAUUGGUCCUGAGCCAGUUUUAGCCUACAAGUCCUGUGGUUCACAGACUUACUAAAAAUCUUGAAGUCAUAGACAGGUCUGAGGCAGCUCUCUCAACAAGAGGUUUGGAACAACCACUCCACUGCUCAGAUAGCUCUGCUGUGAGAUGGCUUUACUUUGGCAAAUGGUAGAUGGGGGUAGGCUCUUCUGGGUGCCUUGAGAGUCCAUGCCACCUUCUUUCCCUUGCUUCCUGUCUCUCAGCUUCCUUAGCCCUCUGUGGACCUGCAGGAGACCCGCCUUGGCCACAAUACAGCCUAUCACCAACAGGUGCUGGGGUCUGUGAGGUAAAGAGUGGGAGCACUUGGCUAGAAAGAUCACCUCCCUGCAGCUUCAGGAUAUUGCAUUUGAUCAAAGACAAGGAAGGGGAGGGAGAAGAAAGUUGUGAUAUCCCUGAAGCUCCCCACCACUUCUGAACCCAAAGAAAGACUUUGGAGAGGCUGAAGCUCACACGCACUGCUGAGAGAUUGUUCUGUGCUCCAAAUGGUGUUUCCUGAGUACAGGUUGCAGGCCUUGUGGAAAGUGUGACCACUCUCAGUGCCCCCCUCACCCUGUGCUAUGAUCUCUUCCAGGCCACAGAUUUCUAGCUGGAGCUGAUGGAGUGGGCGGUGGGUUUGCAGGGCGAGGGAAAGGCUGGGGAGGUUUGGGAUUCUCUCUCUCCCCUUCUCUCUGCUCCUCCCUCCCUGGGGCUCUCUCUCUCUUUCUCUCUCUCUCAAAAUAAAUAAAUAAACUUAAAAAAAAAGAGAGACACUUAAAAAAAAGAAACAAUUAGAGAAACUCUUUAACCUUUUUUAAAAAACUUAGUCUAAGUUUCUUGGGGUUUCUUAUUAUAUAAGAUAGAUCCUACCUCUAUGGCUUUCACCCAUCCUACUGUGGAAACCCAGGCUGUAAAUUUUUUAUAACCCAAACUCCAGUGUCCCCCUCUCUGUGCUCUAUUUCCACUACUUGCUCUCAGCUCUCCCACCCUGGGCUUCUCUGCCUGGAUAGCCGGUUUUGUAAACACUCUGCCUGUUCAACUUCUGAACCCUCCCUUGGACACACAUUAGGUAUUACAACUUCCUCAGCUUCAGGCACUGUGACUGUUGAAAGGAGAUUGGAAGAGAUGUCUCUCCAUGUGAGCCUUGAAGCUGAGUUGGGGCAGAGAGAAGUUGAUGAGGCAUAUGUUGUCUAAGAGGCUGGAGGUGGGCUAUGGGGGGGUGCAUGGGUCAUGGUAUCCAGUUAGGAAUGGGUGGAACCCAGGGAAGACAGAAAGUGGUUUGAGAUGGAGCAUCCUGUGGGGGAGAAGGGGAACAGUAGGACAGGAGCGUGGACAGUGUGGAACACUCAGGUUGCUUCCCUGGAGUGGAGGGGCACAGCACCAGGCUUUAGAUGUUCCUCCUGGUGGAACAGCAGAUUUUCAGGAUGUGCACCAUGAAACAUGCCCAAGGUAGCAGAGGUGAGCCCUAGAGGCAGGUGAACAGAGACCCUCCACCUCCUUCGCCCAGAGUGUAGCUUCACUGGAGAGCAAGCUUUGAGUAUCUGAAGGCAGGGGCUGUGAUUAUUCAUCCUGUGUUCCCAGAGCCUGGUGCUGAGUCUGGUGUUUCGUCGGCUCUUUGGACUCUCAAGUGAAUAAAAGAACAGAGGGAAGGAAGGAAGAAGGAUGGGUCAACAGUAAAACUUGAUAAUGAGCUGGAAACUCCAGAUGAGUAUUGAUCAGCUCCUUUCCAGGGUCAGGUAAUUGGGGCUCAUCCUCCUCUGCACUAGUGAUUUUCAUGGGCAGGGGAUGGGGGGUCACCAGUCAUAAGAAAACUCCCUCUUCUGGUCUCCUCUGACUCUGCUGGGUUAGAGAAACUAAGCCAGAGUUCAACAAAAUCUCAGUCCAGAUAGACGAGACAGAAGAAAUCAGAUUCAAGAAGAGGACCUUAUUUAAAGGAAAGUUGCUCUGUUGUCUGAGACUUUUUGUCCUGCCCACAUCUAGUCUCUGAAGUAAAUGCAUCUUGUUCACUGGCUCAUUAGAUUUCAAGCGCAAGUCUUGGUCUGUAAAGUGUGCAAACUUAGAUUUCUCUUAAUGGGUGCACAUUUUUUAGUAGGAUGAAGCCAGGGGAGCCCAGUGACCUCCACAGGCUCUUCAGAAUCUUGGGCGUUACCAGAUACACAGGGCCCUUGAGCUUGUUAGACAAAGGCUGAUACAAAACAAGUGCAUCAAGACAGAAUUUAAAAACAGCAGAUUAACUAAUAGUAACCCAAAGACCAAUGCGUCUGUAACCACAUUUUUGUUUAUUUUUUAGUGUGUUUCCUUCAUGGUCUUUCUUGUGGCUCACCCUAUGCAGUUUGUGUACUUGUUGAGAGCUUUUUUUUUUUAAUCUGUCUCUGACAUUGUUUCUGCUGAACUCAGUUUUUCCGAGACCCUCUCUCCUCAUAGGCUCAGUUUUGGCCUGCCAGCCACAGUCCUCCAGUUUCCGUGGUAGAAGAGGCCUAGGCUGCUUCCUGUGGGCCCCCCGCUGGGCAGAAGCAUGCAGUGGUAUCUCCUCCUGAUUUGGGCACAGGGGCUGAGGCAGGCUCCCCUCCCCACCUCAGGAGCCGUGUCAGGCAGGAUAGUAACAAUGGGGAACGUUUCUGCAGAGGAAGGUGGCUCUGUCACCUUGCAGUGUCGCCUCUCCUCUACCACUGCCAAAGUGACACAGGUCAACUGGGAGCAGCAGGACCAACUUCUGGCCGUUCAUCAUGCUAACCUGGGGUGGUACCUCUGCCCAGCCUUCAGGGAGCGAGUGGUCCCCGGCCCCAACCUGGGCCUCACCCUGCAGUCGCUGACCAGGAAUGAUACAGGGGAAUACUUUUGUACCUAUCACACCUACCCUGAUGGGAUAUACAGAGGGACACUCUUUCUGGAGGUCCUACAAAGCUCAGUGGCUGAGCGCAGCGCUGGGUUCCAGAUCCCACUGCUUGGAGCCAUGGCCAUAGUGCUGGCAGUCAUCUGCAUGGCAGUCAUCGUGGUGGUCACAUUGACCAGAAAGUUUGUUUGUUUUCAGAAGAAAUCUCUCAGAGCCCAUUCUUCAGAAAGUGGCCUCAGGAGAAUGCCUCGUGAACAGGAGGGAUGGAGUGCCGGCGUUCUGUCAUCUGCUGGAAGCUGCAUCCAGGCAGAGGCUGUGCCCAUGGUCUUCUGCACAGAGCGGAGGGGAGAUGACUGUGCCGAGCCACAUGAAUACUUCAACGUCCUGAGUUACAGGAGCCUUGGAAGCUUCAGCUUCCCAGCAGAGACCAGUUAGCUCCCAGAGGCAUCGUCUGGGAGAUACACUCCUGUCUCUGCUAUUACAGGUAUGUACUUAGGAGCAACGAGCCCAAAUCUGUCCGGAGUGCUGAGUCCUUUGGAAGACAGACAGAUGCAUGUCAAAUGCUGUUCUGGGCCAUGGCAGCCCAGCACAUUCUUCUUGCCGAACUAGUGCAAACGGCUUGGGAGUAGAAUACCAUUCACGAAUUGGAAAUGAACUAAAACGUACUGACAAAAGGGAGCUGCAGUUUGCUUUGGAGGACACAUAUAUUGAGGUCAAGGCUGGACUGAGUGUUGGGUGUUAUUUAACAUGAUUAUAGUGACAGGGAAAUAUCUACAAAUAACAUUUGGAUGGAGAUAAAAAUACAAAAGAACCCAUAGAUGCUAUAAAUGGGCCAGGUUGCUAAAAUGAGAUUGAAUUAGACAGAAAAUAAAUUUUCAAGUGGAAUUCACUGAACUAGAUUUUCCUUGGAGAACCAGAGAAGACAAUUCCCUAAAAGCCAGAUUCCUGGACAGGUGUCCUGUCCGGUGCGGUAGCCGUUCUCCACAGGUAGCUGUCGAGCAGGUGAGAUGUCAUAGUCUGAAUUGAGAUGUACUGCGCUGUAAGUAUAAAAUGCACACUAGAUUUUGAAGGCUGGUUGUGUGUAACAAAAACAGAAACUAUCACGUUAGUAAUCUAAACAUAUUGAUGACAUGUCAGAAUGAUAGGAUUUUGGAUAUUUUGGAUUAAAAUAUGUUAUUAAAAUUAA